AUGAACAGCAUUCGAACCAUUCACACAGCCAUUAAUUUCGAAAUUGCGCGCCAAUUUGAAAUUUUGAAUUCGAACGGGACAGUUCAAAAAGAGACCAGAGCCGCCGAUCAGGACGGGCGGACCGUAUCGAUGAGGGAGAAGGAUGACGUGGAUACGGACUAUCGAUUUAUGGUCGAGCCCAAUUUACCCAAAUUGAGAAUCAAGGAGGAAUGGCUGACAAUGGCAGAGGAAGAGAUGAAAAACGCGGGAAAAGCGGAUUUCGAAUAUUUGAGAGAUGUGAUUGGAUUCGAUCCGCGUAGCUCCAUUCAUAUAGCGGAGGACCCGGAUCUUCUGGCCUUUGUAAAACGAUGCAUUCGUCUUCGAGAUUCCUCAGUGUCUGCUGAGGAGAUACUGUACUGGAUGAAGCAGUUGAAAACGACCAUGCAGAGAUCAAAGUGCAAUUAUCCGCCGCAGAGUGAAUUCUUCGCUCGCCAAUUCAUGACACUUCUGAAUCUGGUCCGCCAACGUCGUCUGACCCAUCUUCGAGUCCUGGACCUCCUUCGUUACUACUCAACGACUUUUGAAGGAGAUUCUUCUGAAGGAGAAGAAGAAGGCGUCACAGAAUUCGUGGAGAAGCAUCAAUUGUGGAGAAUCGAGGAUACCAGAGAAAUCGAGAGAUUAGUGGGGGAUAUGAUGAGGAGAAACGAGAAAUUGGUGGAGAAGGCGAGGAAUGGGAAUUCGAAAAGUUUCAAUCGACUUCGGAAUCUGAUCAAUGAGGCAACUGAGAAACGAAUCGAUAUCGCGGAGUUGUGUGAAGUGAUGAAGCAGUUUUUGGAUCAAAAAUUGGUUUAA